CUAAAAAUACAGUUUUUGACCAAAUGACGUCAUUUCUGGUGAUGGUAAAAAUGUUAAAUUGACUUGACCUAGUCCAAAUUGGCAUAAAGCAUCAAAUGGUAAAAACAAAUUGAAAACCGAAUGAUAAUUGACUCUUUUACAUUGCCUAUUUCUCAGCAACCGCUCAUAUUACGAACUAAUUUUCACAUACAUUCUCUUCGUAUGGAUUAUUGCUACGAGUUUAUGAAAGUUACGAAGAAAUAUUUUAAAAUAUCAAGACGCUGAAUGGGUUGUAAAUAGCUUAAUUUUACAUCGUUUUUCACCUUUUAAUCGAAAAGCCCGAAAACGAAAUCGAAAUUAAGAAAACUGAGUCCGAUGUUUUGUGCACAUUUGCAUGGAGCAUCCUUUUGGUAAUAUCAAAUUUUGAAAAAAAAAUAUUUACUUUCAAAAAGUGGUACCGAACUGUCAAAUUAUAGUUGUAGUCACCCCUGUCCGUCCGUCCACAAUUGUUUGUGAACAGUCUACAGGUCACAAUUUUUAUCCGAUUUCAAUGAAACUUGAAAUAUAGGUUUAUCACCCUAAGAUCUCGGUUCCUUUCGAUAUUGGCAUGUAUCGGACUGUAACUUCAUGGAUUAUGGCCCCUGAUUGUACGAAAAAUCGCAUUUUUAGCUUGUGAACACUAUAGAGGUCACAAUUUUUAUCCGAUUUGGUUUAUACUUGAAUUGUAUGAUUAUAACUCAAAGAUCUCGGUUCCUUUCGAUAUUCGCGCAUAUCGGAACUUAACUUCCUGAAUUAUGGCCCCUGAUUGUACGAAAAAUCGCGUUUUUAGCUUGUGGACCCUAUAGAGGUCAUAAGUUUUAUCCGAUUUAAAAAAACGUAUGAUUAUAUCACCGUUAAACCCUAAGGACGACUGAUGAAAAUUAGCCCAAAACUGAGAGAAAAAAUGGCCGCCCUUUGUUCUCAAAUAGAGUAAAAAUAUGGUUAUUAUUUUAUUCUGGUUCGAAAUCUAAAGUAGAUUUAAAAACAUAUCAGUCAAGUAGUUAUGAAAAUGUAAAGGAUCUCAAAGAAUCAGUUGUUGACUGCAACAGCGAAAAUCUGUUUACUGACAAUUUAGAUUUACUGAAAAUUACACAGAAAUCUCAAGAAUCUGUAUCAGCUGAAAGUGAGAAUAUCAUUCAACAAAGAUAUAUUUUUAAUAUGAAUUCACAUUCUGUUCUAGAAGGAACUAAAAGUGAUGUUGACAGUGGUAUGAAAACUGAAUCUCGUUCUUUUUUGUCAAGUGAAAUGCCAAGUUCAAAUAUGAAUCAAAAUCGGGUGGAAGCUGACAGUGGGGAGAGUCUACUCAUACCCAAAAGUCCAAAAGUCGCAGAGAACCUUGCUGAUGACAUAACAGAUUUGUUCACUCCGAUGAAAGCCUUGAAUUUCAAUGAUGCCACAGAUUCUCAUAUUCAACAGCAUGCUGGGAUUGAUGAAGAAUGUGAUGAUUGUACAUCAAUGGAAGCAAAUCGCAAAAAAAUAGAAUUUAUCUCCACAAAUAAUCAGGGUGUACGAAUAAUUGAAGGCCAUGCCUCUCCUUUAGAAGACAAAACAAACCAAGGUUUCAAUUUUCAAAAUAAUGCAGACAGUUUCCUUGCAUCUCAGGAUAAUCAAGCAGGCAUUUUUGCAGAGUCCCCAAAUCUUUAUGAUAGUCUGGAAGAACAUGAGGAUGGUCCACAUCGAACCAGGUACAGCCCCGCACCAAAUCCUGUAGCAAGUCCACGGAACAGCGCAGCAGGGUCCAUUCCUGAGUUCAGUUCUCAAAGAUCUAAAGCUAGUUUAGAGUCCAUAUCAGAAGCAAGUCCUGGUAAAAUUCAAACAGAGCAUGAUAUGCUGCAGAGACCCAUUGACAACUGUCAGUGGUCAUUUUCUAAUCAUACGAACUCAAGUCCUGUAUCAAUCAGUGAGAAUCAGGUUUCUCUGGAGGGUUAUCUUCCUGAACAUGGAUUACUGCAAGGAGCAGUUGGUACUUCUCCUGGAAGUUCUCAUUCAUUACAACAUGCGCGUUAUAUGCCUCCAGGGCUCUACAAUUAUACCACCGAGCGUCAAGUUCCGACAGCUCUACCAGAAUACCAUACAAACAGAUUCCAACAUAAAAACGAAAAUGUCUUUCAUUACGUUAACAGUGGAAAAAAUGUUUCGUCUGAUCAAAUUCAUCGUGCGUAUUCUCUAAUAUCUGACUCUGGAUCACUGCAAACUGGGCGUGACCAUGGAAAUUUACUACUGAAUGUUGAUGGCGAUACAAGAGAUAAUACUCACGCCAAUAGUGAUAUCAAUGAACAAGAACACCGGAACCUUGAUGAAUUUCACUCACUGCUAGAUCUUACAUUAAUGAGACGCCAACAAGCAACAUCUAAAACAUCCCUGCAACAACCUCAAAAACCAAAUGAACAAAACUUAGCCAAUCAGCAUCAAACAGCUCCGAAAUUAUGCACAGAAGCAAAAGUUUGUCCGCGACAUUUAAAGUAUGAACAGAGACAGAAUAUAAACAACAGCAGUGAAACAAUAGGAAAAACCAAACCAGACAUGUCAUCAGAUAAGCAGAAUGUUUUAGCAAGAUAUCCUGUAAAUCCUAAAACACGCCCAAACGCUCAGGGUGGAAACGUCAAAGAAAAAAAGAAUGCAAGGACAGGGAACACCCAACCUCGUUAUAAUCAAACUUCUCAAAGAUCUUUUAAUAGACAAACUGACACAUCCACACAAGGUCGACAAAUUCUACAUUACAGCUCUGCAAGAGAUCAAAAUAUUUCACAGAGCACACAAGGUAGUACUUUGAAUUAUGGAGCACCAAGAACAGGAAAUGAUGUGAAUUAUGAAAAUAGGAUUGCAGGAGUUGGCCAGGAUGAUAUUACAUGGCUACCAGAUUCAGACGAUUUUCCCAUUUAUCGCCAAGAUCGGCAUCAUGUUACAAGUUUAUUGCAGACGGGAAGAUGUCAACAAAAGGAGGCCACUGUCGGGUAUCAAAAUAACGAUCAGUAUGUACCAGUGUAUGCUAGUUCUGACAAUGAUAGCAAUGAUGUUGCCCUUGAUGAUAGAUACAGUCCAAGGUCACGGGACAACACUACUAGAGGCCAAUUGAAGAAUGACACUAAUCAGAGAUCACAGGUUACUACUCGAUCACUGCAACAACAGCCUGUAUCUGAGGAUAUAUUUCAAGGUGGUGGAGGUAUAAAUGUAGAUAUUAUGGGUAUGGAAGAGGUACGAUCACAUCUUCACUCUAUAUUGCGAGCAGGAAAUAAUCAUCUACAAGGUCUGCCAAGCAUAGAUGCUAGUAUUAGUCCAAGUGAACUGUUGAUGGAACAUCCAGCAACAAUAAACAGAAAUAUUGACACAAGUUCUGUUAUCAGUUAUUAGAAACUCAACAACAGUUAGCUAUAGCCAUAUCAACGGACAAGAAGAAAGAUAUUAUGAUUGAACAGUUAGAUAAACAACUAGCAAAAGUUGUGGAAGGAUGGAAAAGACGAGAAACAGAGAAAGAUGAAUAUCUGAAAGUCUUAACGAAGGAAAAAAUAAAAGUUGAGGAUAAACUACAAAAACAACAAGUGAUGAUUAGUAAUUUUGAGAAGAACGUUUCUGACACACUGGAUGAAUUACUUAAAGAAAAAAACAAACAUGUGGAAGAUGUUAAAAGACUAGAAACCACAAUGAUUGAUGCGAUACGAGCGAAAAAACAGGUUGAGGAAGUACUUGAUGGCGAGAAAGAAAAAUCCAGUCUAAUCACACAAGAAUGGGAACAGUUGAAAGAGUCACGAGAAUUAGCAGAGAAACGAGCACAAGUCACCCAGGACAGGCUAAAUCACGAACAAGAUGAGUUUUAUAGACGAGAAAAAGAGUUGCUGACUAAAAUAGAUGAAGUUAAAGAUGCUAAUCUUAAAGUUAUGCAAAUGGAAAGGAGAAAGACAGAAGAGGAACAAGAGAGAAUAUCAGAAUUGGAAGAUAAAAUUCGUACCCUGACAACAGAGACUAAAAAAUUGGAACUGAGUGUAGACUCAGCUAAUAGAGAAAAAGAAAGUUUAAAGGUAGAAAUGUCGAACAUGGAAGCAAAAUAUGAUAGUGCUGCUAGAAAAUUAGAAGCCGAUUUACAGUCACAGAUGGAAAAGGAGAUAUCAGAACAGAUAGAUGACAUCACCGAGAAAAUGGAAUCAACUGUUACAGAAAUCCAGGAGAAACAUCGACAACAGGUAAUGGAAUUACAGAAACGUCAACAAAAAGACCUGGAACAACAAUUAAAUAAAUUUCAUGAACAAGUUCUUGAGAAAGAGGAAAAAUUACAAAAACAAAUUGUUAAUGGAGAAAAUCAGUUAAGAGAAUUCAGGAAAGAAAACACAUCUCUUAAAAACAUCAAACAGAAUUUAGAAUCUCAGAGAAUGGAAAUAUUAACUAAGUUACAGUAUAUGAUGCAAUCCCAGUGGAAUGAAGCUGUAUCAUUAUUAGUAAAUACUCCACAUAGAUGUAGACAGGUGUCUGCUGUGUCUUCAAUAAAUCCUAAUGAAAAUGAUGAAAAUAACGGUGUUGGACAGGGUUUAAAUCUGACACAAGAAUUACCUAAAACAACUAGUCCAGGUCAAGACGAACUGGCGACUAACUUUGGUCUGUAUGUAGAAACGGAAGGGGGUGUUUCUGGUCGACCACAUACACCUCAGACACAAACUGCCCGAGUCGAAGCUUAUUUAAACACUUUGCCAACAACCACUAGGGUUAGAUCACAUCAACUAUUUGAACCUGCAUCUCACAGUUUGCCUGUUUCCCACAAUCAACCCCCAUCUCAGCACCCCAUGUCAUCCCCUCAAAUUGAUCUACAACACUUAUUUUACCCUACUGCUUCCUCUCAGGGUCAAAGUCAAUCAUCGGACAUCUACCAUACCACUAAAGACCCGACAACCAAUUUCAGUCGAUUCAAUGACCCUAAUGUGUUCGUUCAGAGUUCUAUUAACCAAUCGUUAUUAAGUAACACCUGUUAUUGCCGCACCACACAACAAUUCAAUUCGCCAAAAAUUCAGGAAUAUACACAAAUCCGUUUACCACAUACUGCCGAUGGUUCCCCUAGACGAUAUAUGAGACCACAAUCGACAGAGAGUUCUCCACAAGGAGUUAAAAGUAGCCAAUAUUCACAUCAUUUACUAAAUCAAUGUAUAGAAGCAGAUUUAACCAAUCAAAAUUCUGCAUUAUCAGCUGAAAAUGCCCCAGCUGUUAUGAUUCGUCCACCACAUCAGCAGAAUCGACCAAUGAAUGGUCAGAAUUACAAUAGAUCAUCCAGUCAUGGUGAAUCAGUGUCACCCAAUCACAGAACAGACGACAGAGUUGAUGCUGAUCAACAGGAUACCACUAAUCUUUUGGGUGAUCAAAAUAGUGGUCAUUUAACUCUGCAGGAUCUUCACAGUUUGUCACAACCUGUUACAACAGGUCACACUGAUUAUAUUGGUGCACACAGUGAAGAAGGGGAAACAACUCUAGUGGAUACUGUCAGGUUAAAGUCAGAUUAUGGUCAACUGUUCAGUCAAGUAGAGGAAUAUCAAUGGCGACAGACAGAAUUGCAACAUUAUAUUAAAAAGUUACUAGAGAAAUCGCCUAGAUCAGGUAAAGAUAAACCAGUCCCUGAUUUACCUGUUGAUUCUGAAAUAGAUACAUUCAGAGAUCUAGCAGUGGACUUCGAUUUAAAUGACACAGAACAGGCUGCUCAGUUAAGUCAAGAUUUUCACAGAUUACAACAGUUGAGAGAAAAUCAGAGUGUAGGCCUAUCUGGAAAACUUAGUGCAUCGUUAGAUCAAGAUAGUCUGUCAGUAUCUCAAGGUUCAACAUCACUGCCUGGAGUUAUCCCCCCUGAACUGAUGUCAGAAAUAUUGUUAUUACUGUCUCAAUAUUGGCAACAGUUACAUCACCAACAAUCUGUUAAUCCUGUUACCACAACUACAUCUACAGGAUUAACCUCACUACUUGUGUCAGCCCUACAGACUUUACCCAAUAGGGCGCUGACUGUUAAAGAAGGAAAAACCAAACCAAACGUCAAAUAUUCUCCUAAAUCAAGUCAAACAAGAAAACAGAAAGAAGUUCAGAAACACAUCCAUAGCAAGGAGUCUGUUUCAACACAAGAUGGUGGAGUUGAGAAACAUAAUGGAUCGAAUAAAACAGAGAAAAAAACAGUUGCUGUUAAACCCAGUCAACAUAAAAACAAAUUCUGGAAAUGAGAGACUACAUUUUUUAUACGCCCACAUUUUCAUGUUGACGUAUAUUGGCGUCGCCCCAGUCCGUCCGUCCAGAAUUGUUUGUGAACAGUCUACAGGUCACAGUUUUUAUCCGAUUUUAAUGAAACUUGAAAUAUAGGUUUAUCACCCUAAGAUCUCGGUUCUUUUCGAUAUUGACAUGUAUCGGACUGUAACUUCAUGGAUUAUGACCCCUGAUUGUACAAAAAAUCACGUUUUUAGCUUGUGAACACUGUAGAGGUCACAAUUUUUAUCCAAUUUGGGUUAAACUUGAAAUGUAUGCUUAUAACCCAAAGAUCUCGGUUCCUUUUGAUAUUCGUGCAUAUUGGAACGUAACUUCCUGAAUUAUGGCCCCUGAUUGUACGAAAAAUCGCGUUUUUAGUUUGUGGACCCUAUAGAGGUCAUAAUUUUUAUCCGAUUUAAAAAAACGUAUUAUUAUAUCACUGUUACACCCUAAGGAUAGUUGAGUUCGAAUUUCGUGAACAUCAGCCCAAAACUGACAGACAAAAUGGCUGCCCUUCGUUCUCAAAUAGCGUAAAAAUAUGGUAUAUCAAGGUUGUGGACCCUAUAGAGGUCACAAUUUUUAUCCGAUUCUGUUGAAACUUGAAAUGUAAGUUUAUAACCCAGAGAUCUCGGUUUCUUACCAUAUUCGCGCAUUAUGGCCCCUGACUGUACGAAAAAUUGCGUUUUUUGCUUGUGGACCCGAUAGAGGUCAUAAUUUUUAUCCAAUUUUAAAAAUCGUCUUAUUAUAUCACCGUUACACCCUAAGGACGGCUGAGAUCGAAUUUCGUGAAAAUCCGCCCCAAACUGACAGACAAAAUGGCCGCCCUUCGUUCUCAAAUAGCAUAAAAGUAUGGUAUAUCAAGGUUGUGGACCCUAUAGCGGUCAUAAUUUUUAUCCAAUUUUAAAAAUCUUCUUAUUAUAUCACCGUUACACCCUAAGGACGGCUGAGAUCGAAUUUCGUGAAAAUCGGCCCCAAACUGACAGACAAAAUGGCCGCCCUUCGUUCUCAAAUAGCAUAAAAAUAUGGUAUAUCAAGGUUGUGGACCCUAUAGAGGUCACAAUUUUUAUCCGAUUUUGUUGGAAUUUGAAAUGUAAGUUUAUAACCCAAAGAUCUCGGUUCCUUUUGAUAUUCGCGCAUACCGGACCGUAACUUCCUGAAUUAUGGCCCCUGAUUGUAAGAAAAAUCGCGUUUUUAGCUUGUGGGCCCUAUCGAGGUCAUAAUUUUUAUCCGAUUUAAAAAAACGUAUUAUUAUAUCACCGUUACGCCCUAAGGAUAGUUGAGUACGAAUUUCGUGAACAUCAGCCCAAAACUGACAGACAAAAUGGCCGCCCUUCGUUCUCAAAUAGCGUAAAAAUAUGGUAUAUCAAGGUUGUGGACCCUAUAGAGGUCACAAUUUUUAAACGAUUCUGUUGGAACUUGAAAUGUAAGUUUAUAACCCAGAGAUCUUGGUUUCUUACGAUAUUCGCACAUAUCGGACCGUAACUUCCUGAAUUAUGGCCCCUGACUGUACGAAAAAUUUUGCUUGUGGACCCGAUAGAGGUCAUAAUUUUUAUCCAAUUUUAAAAUCUUCUUAUUAUAUCACCGUUACACCCUAAGGACAGCUGAGUUCGAAUUUCGUGAAAAUCGGCCCAAAACUGACAGACAAAAUGACCGCUCUUCGUUCUCUAAUAGCCUAAAAAUAAGGUAUAUCAAGGUUGUGGACCCUAUAGAGGUCACAAUUUUUAUUUGUAAGUUUAUAACACAAAGAUCUCGGUUCCUUUCGAUAUUUGCGCAUAUCGAAUUGUUAUUUCCUGAAUUAUGGCCCUUGAUUGUAGGAAAAAUCACUUUCUUUUAAGCUUGUUCUAUAUCCAUCUCUCGAAAAUGUGGGCGUAUCCUGCCUGGCAGCCGCUGGUUUCAGAAACAAUCCAGAAAAGUGUGAAGUGAAAAAAUAACAUUACGGUCAAUUUGCAUUGUGAUUAAUGUGGUAUUUGAGGAUGGUGCUCCGGUCCUCGUCUUAAAUGUGUUUUAGAAAUGACAUUUUUUACUUGACACAGUUAAAUUUUCUGUUAUGCAAAAUAUUAUGAGACCGAAAACUUAACUAGUAUCAAGCAAUAGUAUGUUAGCAGAUUUAAAUUCAAAUAUUCAACAAAAAGAAUUAAAGAUGCCUUGAAAUGUGGUCGUAUAUUGUCGUCGCCAGCGUCCAGAUUUAUGGACCUUGAUCCCUUUGAAAAAUCUUGUGGGCACUCUAGAGGCUAAAGUUAAUAUCUGAUUGACUUUAUUAAAUUUAUACACAGUGUUUAAGGUCAUGAGAUGAAGAAGCCUAUGAUUUUAAACGAUUUCCGAUAAUAACUGCCAGAGUUAUGGCCCUUGAUCACGUUGAAAAAUCUUGUGGACACUCUAGAGGCUAAAGUAAUAACCGAUUGACUGUAAAUUUUUAUACAAUGUUUAAGGUCAUGAGGUGAAGAAGCCACUUAAUUUUCAACGAUUUCCAAUAAUUACUGCCAGAGUUAUGGCCCUUGAUCACUUUGAAAAAUCUUGUGGACACUCUAAAAGCUAAAGUCAAAAGAAAAUGUUAGUGUCAGCCAAUAUUAAAUAUGUGAAAAAACUAGUUAAACACAUGUUAGUGUCAGCCAAUAUUAAAUAUGUGAAAAACUAGUUAAACACAUUCCAAAUAUAAUUUUGACACAGAGAUCUUUGUUACGGUUGAUGUGUAACGAAGAUUUGAACAGACGGGAAGUGGCGCAAACAAAAGGAAAACACGAGUUUUACUUAUAUAUGCUGUUCAAAACUAACAAUUCAUAAAAUGAAUUGACUGUCAUGAGAUAAGAGAAAGCGAGAAAAAUGGAAAAGUUGUCGUUCUUUUGUUUUUAUUCAUUUUCGACUUACACAUUUUAAGUCAUAACUAUAGUUUAUUCUGGUAGCCCUAUAAAUAUAGACAUAUUAUUAUUAUUUUUAUACGCCCACGUAUAUUGUCGUCGCCCCUGUCCGUCCGUCCACAAUUGUUUGUGAACAGUCUACAGGUCACAAUUUUUAUCUGAUUUCAAUUAAACUUGAAAUAUAGGUUUAUCACCCUAAGAUCUCGGUUCCUUUUGAUAUUGGCAUGUAUCGGACUGUAACUUCAUGGAUUAUGGCCCCUGAUUGUACGAAAAAUCACGUUUUUAGCUUGUGAACACUGUAGAGGUCACAAUUUUUAUGCGAUUUAGUUUAAACUUGAAAUGUAUGAUUAUAACCCAAAGAUCUCGGUUCCUUUCGAUAUUCGCGCAUAUCGGACCGUAACUUCCUGAAUUAUGGUCCCUGAUUGUACGAAAAAUCGCGUUUUUAGCUUGUGGACCCUAUAGAGGUCAUAAUUUUUAUCCGAUUUAAAAAACCGUAUUAUUAUAUCACCGUUAGACCCUAAGGACGACUGAGUUCAAAUAUCGUGAAAAUCAUCCCAAAACUGACAGACAAAAAGGCCUCCCUUCGUUCUCAAAUAGUGUAAAUAUAUGGUAAAUCAAGGUUGUGGACCCUAUAGAGGUCACAAUUUUAAUCCUAUUUUGAUGAAACUUGAAAUGUAAGUUUAUAACCCAAAAAUCUCGUUUCCUUUCUAUAUUAGCGCAUAUCGGAACGUAACUUCCUGAAUUAUGGCCCCUGAUUGUACGAAAAAUCGCGAUUUUAGCUUGUGGAGUCUAUAGAGGUCAUAAUUUUUAUCCGAUUUAGAAAAACAUAUUAUUAUAUCACCGUUAAACCCUAAGGACAGCUGAGUUCGAAUUUCGUGAAAAUCGGCCCAAAACUGACAGACAAAAUGGUUGGCCUUCGUUCUCAAAUAGCGUAAAAAUAUUGUAUAUCAAGGUUGUGGACCCUAUAGAGGUCACAAUUUUUAUCCGAUUUUGUUGAAACUUGAAAUGUAUGUUUAUAACUCAAAGAUCUCGGUUCCUUUUGAUAUUCGCACAUAUCGGAACGUAACUUCCUGACUUAUGGUCCCUGAUUGUACGAAAAAUCACGAUUUUAGCUUGUGGAGCCCAUAGAGGUCAUAAUUUUUAUCCGAUUUAUAAAAGACGUAAAAUUAUAUCACCGUUAGACCCUAAGGACGACUGAGUUCGAAUUUCGUGAAAAUCGGCCCAAAACUGACAGACAAAAUGGCCGCCCUUCGUUCUCAAAUAGCGUAAAAAUAUGGUAUAUCAAGGUUGUGGACCCUAUAGAGGUCACAAUUUUUAAACGAUUCUGUUGGAACUUGAAAUGUAAGUUUAUAACCCAGAGAUCUCGGUUCCUUUCGAUAUUCGCGCAUAUUGGACCGUAACUUCCUGAAUUAUGGCCCCUGAUUGUACAAAAAAUCACUUUCUUUUUAGCUUGUUCUCUAUCCAUCUCUCGAAAAUGUGGGCGUAUCCUGCCUGGCAGCCGCUGGUUUUCUUAAAAGCUACGACUGUCUCCGACACAUGGAUUACAAAUUUAGGCCUACUGCUUGUUCAGUAAUGCUUGACCUAUUUAACUGAUGAAUAUUGUAUUACAAUACAAACAUAUCAAUAUAUAUUUUUAUACGCCCACAUUUUCAUAGCAGCUAAAUCGUCCGAGCGGUCGACAAAAAUGAAAUGGGGUUUAAUGUCCUACUGUUCUGCUCCUAUGCUGGGCUAAUGAAGACGGGCAUACGCCAUACAGUGUGCUAAGAGGGAAAUUUUGCCUGGGCAGCGGCACUAUCGCCUACUCUUAUAUCGAAUUCCAACUGCCAAGGGAUCUUUUACGUGCAUUCCAAUGUAUACACGGGACCUCGGUUUUUCGUAUCAUCCGAAGGACUAAACAGCUGUCCUUGUCAGGCCCUCUGUCCUGCAUCACUGACUAGGGGGAACCAUGCCGGAAAAUCUGGAUGAACUUUCUCGGCCAAUGCAGGGAUCGAACACCCGACCUCCAGGCUAACGAGCCAGCGUCUUACCCACUUAGCCACGUGAUCCCCCGAGCGGUCGACAAGGGUUUUGUAGGUAAUUGGGGGCAUUUACAAGACAAUUUCAUACAGAUGAGAUUAUAAUUUUUGUUGUUUUAAGGUUCCCAUGGGUCUAGAAACUGAAAUAAGGGCCUGUAAAGUAAUUUACAGAAAAUUUUGAAAUUUGACAGGCUUUCUCGUUUUACUAAUUUCAAUGCAUAUAAAUUUCAUACAGAUCGGAUGAUGACAUUUGUCAUUCGAACGUUCACAAGAUUCACAAACUAAAACAAGGGCCAUAACACUAGAAAUAAUUGACGGAAAAUGGCUGGAAUUCAAUAGACCUCAGUUUCACAAAUUUAAAUGAUGCAUAUAAAUUUCAUACAUAUCGGGUGAUAACAUUCAUCAAUCGAGCAUUAACAAGAUUGAACAAAGUGAAACAAGGGCCAUGGCUCUAGAAGUAAUAAACCGAAAGUGCUGAAAUUCAAUAGAAUUCUUAUGUUUACCAAUCUAAAUGACACAUAAAUUUCAUACAGAUCGGCAGAUAACUUUGAUGUUAGAGCGUUCACAAGGUGCAGCAAAGUGAAACAAUUAAGGGCCAUAACUCUAGAAGUAAUUAACUGAAAUUAUUGAAAUUAAAUAGGCGUCUUCAUCUCACCAAUGUAAACAACAUAGGAAAACAAUCAGAUGAUAAAUGUAGUCCAUAGAGUGUUUAGAGUGUUCACAAGAAAUUGUGGAUGACGGACGGAUGGGGACGACGGCAAUAUAUCACGUGUAAAUAAAAGAUAGGUUGCCAGGCAACGAAACAUACGCCCACAGCAGGUAUAUCGUCCGGGCAGUCAAUAAGAGUUGUCGCAUAUUUUUACUUUUUUCGGUAGUGAAACAUUUAUAAUACAUUAAAAUCUGAUUAAGAGUAACAACUCAUUAAGUAAUUAUCAGAAAACCAUUAGAAUUUGUUUGGUUUUUAUAAAGUUCUGUCCCAUGCUAAUGUUUAGUAUAAAAAACUUUUAACAUCAUGGAUUUAGCUGUUCAAGUCAUAAACAUUCAUUGAAAAUCAAUAUACUUGUUCGUCUCAAGACCUUAAACACUGUGUACCAAUCUGAAGUCAAUCGGAUGAUAAUUUUAGCCUCUAGAGCGUCACAAGAUUUUUCAAAGUGAUCAAGGGCCAUAACUCUGGCAGUAAUUAUCCAAAAUCGUUGAAAAUCAAUAUGAUUCUUCAUAUCAUGACCCCAAACACUGUGUAUAAAUUUAAAGUCAAUCGGAUAAUAAUUUUAGCCUCUACAGUGUCCACAAGAUUUUUCAAAGUGAUCAAGGGUCAUAACUCUGGCAGUAAUUAUCGGAAAUUGCUGAAAAUCAAUAGGCUUCUUCGUCGCAUGACCUUAAACACUGUGUAUAAAUUUAAAGUCAAUCGGAUAUUAACUUUAGCCUCUAGAGCGUCCACAAGAUUUUUCAAAGUGAUCAAGGGCCAUAACGCUGGCAGUAAUUAUCGGAAAUCGGAUAUUAACUUUAGCCUCUAGAGAGUCCACAAGAUUUUUCAAAGUGAUCAAGGGCCAUAACUCUGGCAGUAAUUAUCGGAAAUCGCUGAAAAUCAAUAGGCUUCUUUGUCUCAUGACCUUAAACACUGUGCAUAAAUUUAAAGUCAAUCGGAUAUUAACUUUAGCCUCUAGAGCGUCCACAAGAUUUUUCAAAGUGAUCAAGGGCCAUGACUCUGGCAGUAAUUAUCGGAAAUCGCUGAAAAUCAAUAGGCUUCUUCGUCUCAUGGCCUUAAACACUGUGUAUAAAUUUAAAGUCAAUCGGAUAUUAACUUUGGCCUCUAGAGCGUCCACAAGCAAUUGUGGACGACGGACGGACGGGGGCGACGACAAUAUACGACCACAUUUCAAUGUGGGCGUAUAAAAACGGUAUUAAACAUAUAACUUUGUUACCCUAUUUGUACUCAACUGCUUACAGUGUAUUGUACUGCAUGUAUGUACGAGAGAAAUUUUGCUCGGACAGCAAUUGAAUUCUAACUUUCAAGGGUUCUUUACUUCUUUUACGUACCAGCCAAGGAACAUGGGACAUUUUUUUUUUUUUAACCUAUCUGAAUGACUAGACAGUUUCCUUUCCAGAUUCUACAUGCAUGUCCUGACAAGGGUAGCUGUACAUGAGAAUAACACAUAGAAUAUUUAAAAUAUUUUAUAAAGGUCAAUAUAAUAUGUUGUUCUAUUUCAGAGAUUUUAUGUAAUAAAUAUUCAUGUAUGUUGAAUAAAAAAAACUUUAGUGACCAUGUUCA